GCGACAAGCUCACACGGGUUCCAUGAAAUCUUGAUCUAUCACACCUCAACACCCAACUACAAACGUCGACAAGGGCGACCACACCUUCGAGUGCCAAUCUCAAACAAUUUCCGACCCUUCACGUCAUCCAGCCAGACCCUUUCCAAGCACACUACACAAUCCGCCAAAAUGGUCCAACUCGUAGAAGUUGAGGACGAGCACUUCCAGCAGCAGCAGCCGGGCCCGGAGGAGGACGAGGAGGACUUCACCGACACUGACUCCGAAAUCUCCGUCGACUCCAACUACGAUCCCACAGACGAGACCCUCGCCGACCGCCUGGCCGCCUUGCGGGACAUGGUACCCGCCACGGCGCGCGGCUGGAUGUACCACAAGUACGAGCGGACGACGUCGGCGAUCAAGUCGACGCUGUCGUUCGCGGGGCGCGCCGCCUGGACCAUCAGCGUCAGCGCGCUGCUGGUGGGCGUGCCGUUCGCGCUGGCGUACGGCGAGGACCAGAACUUCGCCGCCAUGGAGCAGGAGCAGCGCAUGCGCGAGCUCGGCGGCGAGGUGUUGACCGCCGCCGGCGGUGACGGGACCCAGCAAAAGGGCGGCAUGACGGCCGAGGAGAUCGGGGCUGCCCUCGGUGGUGGCGGAGGGAGGUCCGAGGCCAAGGCCGCUCUCUAAAAAAAGAAAUAUGAGAACAGGGGGUUCUGGUAUAAAGAUUGAAAGGGAGGGGG